UUUUUUCCUCUUCCGUUUUCUUCAUAUAAAUAGGGUUGACUUUAAGGGCAAAAGUUAUGUUAUGACUCUGCCAUCGACAUCUUCAUCGGCAUCAUCUUUAUCAUUCUCAACAUCCUCAUCUUUCGUUUAUAUUUUAAUUAAUUUAGUGUAAAACUGACAUCACAAUGCCUAUUCUUGAGAACUUUUUCAUCAACAACAAAAUAUACAACCCACCGCUCAAAAGUUUCAAAGAGAGGAAAAAUUUGAUGACCCGGAAACUUGAAUAUGCCAAUCUUAAAGCCAAAUUUCCCAACAAGGUAACAGUAGUCAUUGAAAGAUAUGCCAAAGAAAGGAAUCUUCCUAUGCUGGAUAAGACUAAAUUUUUGGUUCCAGAGGAUCUUCCAGUUUCCAGAUUACUGAUGAUCAUUCGAAACAGGAUGGAUAUUGGUGAAAAUCAAGCUGUAUAUGUUAUGACUGCCAAUAAAACAAUGUUAACAAUGUCCAGAACAAUGGCCGAAGUUUAUGAAGAACACGCAGAUGAAGAUGGUUUUGUCUACCUUACAUAUGCCUCUCAAAGUGUCUUUGGCUGAAAAAUUGUGUCUCAUCUUAAAUCAAGCUUCGUCGUUUAAAAUCGUGUUAUUACAUUGUUAAUGUUUUUAUUCCCAUUCCUGCCUUUCAUCAUAGUCCUGGUCUAUCAAUUCGAAAUCAAUGCGAUGGAAAGGAAAAUCGUAAAUUUAUUUAUUGUUUCAUCUGCUCUACUCACCUAAUUUUUAUUGUUACUAGGAGGAGUGAAAAAGAGGAGGAAAAUGUAUAUUAAAUAACUCAUUAUCUAGUUAAAUUUAUCGUCCAUGAUCCGAAUGAGAAAGAUGAUAAUGCGGAUUUCAUUGUUCUAAACCAUUAUUAAAUCAUUAAACAACUUUAAUUAUUUUCUGUAAACAUUACUUUUGUACAUUUCUAUUCGUUAAUGUCACUUUUCCUUUGGAUCUCAGCGAUUUUAAUACACUUGUUUUCUUGAUUAUUGACUUUGAGAAUAAUUUAACUCAUUUGUUAAUCAAACUUGAAUGUGAUAAGAAUAAAUUUGUAAACUGACUCAUUGAUAUUAAAAUUGACUUUAUGUGUUGAAUA